UUUCCUUUACCCCCCUUUGCGGCUCCGCUCCGCUCCAUUCGAGCGCGGCGCCGCAUCUGCGAGGAUCGGGUGAGAAGAAAAACGUCCUAUCGCCCAACUUGGCAAACUUGCCGGAAUUUCCUGUCCUUUCUCGGAUUCCUUUGCCAGCUGUCGAAAAUGGCCUUGCAGUCGCCUUAUUUCAAACCGAUUAUUCCUUUUAAUGGUCCAAUUUACGGUGGCCUGAAAGAUGGGAUGACUGUAUUAGUCAGCGGAAGUGUUUUGAAGUCCUGCACAAGAUUCCAGGUUGACUUUCAGUGUGGCAAAUCCCAAAUACCCAGAUCAGAUAUCGCUUUCCAUUUCAAUGUCCGUUUUGAUCAGAACUGUAUUGUAUGCAAUUCACACGAAAAGGGAGACUGGAAGCAAGAAGAAAGGAAAUACGAUAUGGUUUUCCACAAAGGGCAACCAUUUGAGAUCCGGUUUCUUGUGAACAUCUCCUCCUAUGUGGUUUUCGUCGAUGGAAAGCUGUUUUUGGAAUUCAAACACAGGAUCCCUCUUUCCCUGGUAGAUACCAUCGGAAUUUCAGGAGAACUAGAUGUUGUCUCGAUCAGCUUCCAAGGUCCGAAUCUUUAUCCAGUUUCUUCCAACCCAGUUUCCCAAACGUUCUCACAGCCAAGUGCCUAUCCCAUUGGACAAUGCUUUCAGCCACAACUUUAUCCUCUCCCUUACCGAGCUACCAUCUUUGGGGGGUUUUGCCCACCCAAAUCAAUAAUGGUUUCAGGCUCUGUGUUCCCUUCUGCUCAGAGGUUCCACAUCAAUCUGAAAGCAGGGAACGAUACUGCAUUCCAUCUCAACCCACGGUUUGAUGAGAACGUGAUUGUUCGAAACUCUAAACUCAACAUGAGCUGGGGGUCAGAGGAGCGACACCUGCCCUAUGGGAUGCCUCUGAUGCGUGGCCAACCCUUUACCAUCUGGAUUCAGUGUGAAGGACACUGCUUUAAGGUGGCUGUGAAUGGACAACAUCAGUUUGACUACAAGCAUCGCAUAUAUAACCUGCUUCAGAUAAAUGUGCUCGAAGUGGACGGUGAUGUAACGUUGACCAACAUCCAAGCUUAGAGUUGCUUGUUUGUGGAUGGAUGGGUGCAAUUGAUGUGAAAUGUUGAGCUUUACUACCUAAAGUUUGAAUAAUUGCUCUUUUCAGUGUUUAAGAACCAUAGAAUUUCAGGUUUCCCCCCCCUCCCAAUCUAAUUGUUUGAAUAAACCCUUUUUGUUUAUAACCUA